AAAAGAGAAUUUGAAAGCCAGGUAACAUUGGGACACGCGUCGAAGUGAGAGAAGGCGAGGGAGAAUUAGAGGCUGGGCAAUCUCCCAGUGUGAUAAGACCGUACGGAAAUGUUAGCUCCACGAGAUCAUCAGCAGUAGCUAGCAGGGGAUUACAUUAUUGGAUUGGAAUAUUCUUUGGUUUGGGUUUGGGAUGUGCAAAUGGAUAUUCAAGCUCGAAUAGGAAGCUUAACAUCCUCACGUUAUUUCUGGACCACUCGAAAUAACUCAUCAUCAUCAUCAUCUUCUUCUUCUUCUUCUUCUUGUUACUCGCCACUGAAACCUUUCUGUUCAAGAAGGGACUCUCAAGAGCCCCAACAAAACGGUGACUCCAACGGUGAUAAAUUCUCAACAGAUUGGGACAAGGCCUGGUCAAAUAUCAGAAAGCAAGGGAAAACGAAGAAGAAGAAGAAGAGCCUCUUCUCACAGUUCUCUCCAAACAAGUAUGUGACCUGGAACCCUACUCAGUCUAAUUACCCAUCAUCUGAGGAGGUUGAUCCAAUCAAGAGGACAGAGAGGUCCAACCUCAUGUUAUGGACUAGCCCCAGGUUCACUCUUGCAGGGGCUAUUGUCAUUGUCACCUUCCUUUUGGUUUAUACCAUUAUUGCACCAGUUAAGUGAUUUCAAAACUCCAACCAAACACGGGCUCAAAAGUUGUAAAUAUAUGAUGGCAUUUGUGAGGAAAUUGCUGCUGGGAUGAAAUUCUAACAAUGUGACUUGUUAUAAAUAAAUGCAAGUUCUUGUUUAUCCAGUUGUUG